GCGCGGGCUUCGGCAACGAGAAAGUGCUGCUCUCCCGGGUCACCUGGCCGGCGGCGGGGGGACCAUGGCUUUGAAGGACACGGGCAGCGGCGGCAGCACCAUCCUGCCCAUUAGCGAGAUGGUCUCCUCGUCCAGCUCGCCCGGCGCGCCGGCAGCCGCCGCCCCCGGGCCCUGCGUGCCCUCGCCCUUCCCCGAGGUGGUGGAGCUGAACGUGGGAGGCCAGGUCUAUGUGACCAAGCACUCGACGCUGCUCAGCGUCCCGGACAGCACUCUGGCCAUUAUGUUCUCGCCUUCCAGCCCCCGGGGCGGCGCCCGACGCCGGGGCGAACUGCCCAGGGACAGCCGGGCGCGCUUCUUCAUCGACCGGGACGGCUUCCUCUUCAGGUACGUGCUGGAUUAUCUGCGGGACAAGCAGCUCGCGCUGCCCGAGCACUUCCCCGAGAAGGAGCGGCUCCUGCGCGAGGCCGAGUACUUCCAGCUCACCGACCUGGUUAAGCUGCUAUCGCCCAAGGUCACGAAGCAGAACUCGCUCAACGACGAGGGCUGCCAGAGCGACCUGGAGGACAACGUCUCGCAGAGCAGCAGCGACGCGCUGCUGCUGCGCGGGGCGGCGGCCCCCGCGCCCUCGGGCCCCGGAGCGCACGGCGGCGGCGGUGGCGGCGGCGCGCCGGACAAGCGCUCGGGCUUCCUCACGCUGGGCUACCGCGGCUCCUACACCACCGUGCGCGACAACCAGGCGGACGCCAAGUUCCGGCGUGUGGCGCGCAUCAUGGUGUGCGGGCGCAUCGCGCUGGCCAAGGAGGUCUUCGGGGACACGCUCAACGAGAGCCGCGACCCCGACCGGCCGCCCGAGAAGUACACGUCCCGCUUCUACCUCAAGUUUACCUACUUGGAGCAGGCGUUCGAUCGCCUGUCCGAGGCCGGCUUCCACAUGGUGGCGUGUAACUCCUCGGGCACCGCCGCCUUCGUCAACCAGUACCGCGACGACAAGAUCUGGAGCAGCUACACCGAGUACAUCUUCUUCCGACCACCUCAGAAAAUAGUGUCACCUAAACAAGAACAUGAAGAUAGGAAACAUGACAAGGUCACAGAUAAAGGAAGUGAAAGUGGGACUUCCUGUAAUGAGCUCUCCACUUCCAGUUGUGACAGCCACUCAGAAGCGAGCACUCCCCAGGACAACCCACCCAAUGCCCAGCAGGCAACAGCUCACCAACCUAACACCUUAACAUUGGAUCGCCCUUCCAAAAAAGCACCUGUGCAAUGGAUGCCCCCACCAGACAAACGCAGAAACAGUGAACUCUUUCAGACGCUCAUCAGCAAGUCCCGGGAAACAAAUCUUUCAAAAAAGAAAGUCUGUGAGAAGCUAAGUGUGGAAGAAGAAAUGAAAAAGUGUAUUCAGGAUUUUAAAAAAAUCCACAUUCCAGAUUAUUUUCCAGAGCGCAAACGCCAGUGGCAGUCUGAACUGUUACAAAAGUAUGGGUUAUAGUAAUUAGCACAUUCCUGCAGUAUUUCGAUGACAUUCAAUGUUUACUACUGUGUCACCACCUGACUGUGUCCUAACAAUGGUCAGUGUGAUUUCUUGCUGCUCUUCCUUUUUGUGAACAGUGGAUGUGGGACAGUAUUUUCUUUCAUCCUUUUUUGUUGUUGUUUUUAGAAAAAUGACUAAAAAGAAGAAAACCAAUAAAUGUUGAAUCAAAAUGGUAUAUCUGAUCAAACCAUUUUUGCAAGAAUGAAAGUAAAAUGUGCAUGAUCAAGAAACUUAGAAUCUUGAUUUUUGAACUGUGGUCAACUGGAUAUGUUUGUCAUUUUGUAACUCACCAAAAACAAAUCAUCAUAUCACUCCAAUUAAAAUGACAAUA